AUGGAUCUUCUCCUUGGACGCGUGCUCGUGGCGUUCCUCCUCGCGGGCGCCUCCUCCUCCACUUGCCUCGGAGCGGCAGCGACGUCGACGGUGGACGGCAUCACGACCAUCUACAACUUCGGGGACUCCAUAUCGGACACGGGCAAUCUCGUCCGAGAAGGCGCUCCUGGGCUGCUGCAGUACAUCGCGAAGCUCCCCUACGGCAUCGACAUGCACGGAGACCCUACCGGCCGUUGCUCCGAUGGAUACCUCAUGAUCGAUUUCCUCGCCAAAGAUCUUUGCCUCCCUCUCCUCAACCCGUACCUUGACAAGAGCUUGGACUUCACGCACGGCGUGAACUUUGCGGUCGCCGGAGCCACCGCCCUCGACACGACGACCCUCGCCAAGAGGGGGAUCACCAUCUCCCUCACCAACAGCUCCCUCGAUGUUCAGCUCAAAUGGUUCAAGGAUUUCAUGGGCUCCACCACAAACUCUACUCAAGAGAUCCGUAAAAAGCUAGAGACUUCACUGGUGAUGUUGGGGGAGAUCGGUGGGAACGACUACAACUACGCCUUCCUCCAGACAUGGUCAGCGGACGGCGGAUAUGGCCUCUACAACGUCACCCGCGUGAUCAAAAGCGUUGCGCAGGCCGUGGAGCUUGUACCGGAAGUGGUGCAAUCCAUAGCAAAUGCAGCCAAGGAGCUGCUCGAGAUGGGCGCGGUCCGGCUGGUCAUCCCGGGCAACUUCCCCGUCGGGUGCGUGCCGAGCUACCUCGCCACUGUGAACGUGACGGAGCCGAUCGCGUACGACGACGACGGCUGCCUCGCCGCCCUCAACGUCUUCGCCGAGCUGCACAACGCGCGGCUGCAGGGCGCCGUCGCGGACCUGCGCCGGUCGUACCCGCGCGCCACGAUCGCGUACGCGGACUACUACGCGGCGUACGUCAGGAUCCUCCGCGAGGCGCGCGCGCUCGGGUUCGACGCGGCGAGGACGCGGACGGCGUGCUGCGGGGCCGGCGGCGGCCCGUACAACUUCGAUGUGGACAGGAUGUGCGGCGCGCCGGGGACGAGCGCGUGCGCGGACCCGGGCGGGUACGUGAGCUGGGACGGCGUCCACAUGACGCAGCACGCGUACGGCGUGAUGGCCGAGCUGCUGUACCGCGGCGGGCUCGCGGACCCGGCCCCCAUAAACUGGCCGGGCCAGAAGAUGGGUUCGCCCGUGAAUUGA